UUCUUCCUCUCCUCCUUCUUCUUCUUCUUUUUUUCCAUCCUUCAUCAUCUCUCUUCCUCCCCCUCUCUCUCUCUCCCUCUCUCUCUCCAUCAGUCCUUCCUUUUUUCUUUUCAGUCUAUCAUCAUGGAGAACGAGUCGGUGAUCUUCUGGGAUGGGCAGGGCAGCUUCCAGAAUACAAUCUGAAACUCUGAGACCACUCGCUCCGCUGCAGGAUUACUACACAACAAUCACAGAAAUAAAUAAAAACUCCUUCUGCUGCUCGUUCAACGACAUCUUCGGAAAACUACUUCACCUGCUGCAGAAAGUACUCACUCCAUGACUACAGUAACUCCUCGCAGGAUUACAGCAAUCCACAAGAAACAUCCCUGAAAACCCAACCAGAGACACAAGAACCUGGCUUCUCGGGCUGGACCAGAGCCACAAGCCAGAAACCAGUGAUCAGUGACCAGUAAUCCAGUCAGAAUCUGCACAGCGGAUCAGACCAGGCCGGGCCAGACCAGAAGAGACCAAGUAGAAACCAGUAAAGGCUGUCGGAAAAGUUUGAUGGGACUGCUGACGAUAGCCACAUGCCUCUGAGUCCGGCUGCUGACACCAAACAUGAUCGCCCGCGGCAACAGGCGGUUACUAACGGCAACCCGACAGGCUCUGCUGUUGCCAGGGACGACGACGCGGACGACACGCCCUCCGGAAACAGCAUCGUCGUCCGCAUUGGCAUCCCGGACCUGCAGCAGACGAAGUGUUUGCGGUUGGACCCAGAGUUACCAGUUUGGACCAGUAAGCAGAGGGUUCUGGUGACGUUGACUCAGUCUCUGUCGGAUGUUUUGAACUAUGGUCUCUUCCAGCCGGCGUUCAACGGCCGAGCCGGAAAGUUUCUGGACGAGGAGCGGCUGCUGAAGGAAUACCCUCUCCCUCCCAUCACGCCCAUCCCAUACCUGGAGUUUCGUUACAAGAGGAGAAUUUACACGCAGAGCUACGUGGACGAUAAACAGCUGGCCAAGCUUCACACCAAGGCCAACCUGAAGCGCUUCAUGGAACAUGUGCAUCAGAAGAAUGUGGAGAAGGUUUCCAAGUGGCUGGAGAAGGGCCUGGACCCCAACUUCCACGACUCUGACAGCGGGGAGUGUCCUCUGACGCUGGCCGUCCAGCUGGAGGAGAGCUGUGAGCUGAUUAAAGUGCUCCGCAGCGGAGGAGCUCACCUGGACUUCAGAACCAGAGACGGUAUCACCGCUCUGCACCGGGCCGUCCUCUGCAGGAACAGCUCCUCGCUCACCACUCUGCUGGACCUCGGAGCGUCUCCGGACUACAAGGACAGCAGAGGACUGACUCCCCUGUAUCACUCCGCCAUGGUGGGCGGCGCCCCCUACUGCUGCGAGCUGCUGCUGCAGGACCACGCCACCAUCGGAAUGACUGAUGAGAACGGAUGGCAGGAAAUCCACCAGGCAUGUCGCUUUGGUAACGUGCAGCACUUGGAGCACCUGCUGUUCUAUGGCGCUGACAUGAGUUCCCAGAAUGCAUCGGGAAACACUGCACUGCACCUCUGUGCUCUCUACAACCAGGACAGCUGUGCCCGAGUGCUGCUGUUCAGAGGAGCCAAUAAAGACAUCAAAAACUACAACAACCAGACUGCCUUUCAGGUGGCGAUAAUUGCUGGGAACUUUGAUCUGGCAGAAAUCAUCAAGAUCCACAAAACCUCUGACGUUGUAGUUCCCUUCAGAGAAACUCCAUCCUACACGAAGCGUCGCCGAGUUGGCCAGACCAGGACGUCGGCAGGAAACGGUCUGUCCUCUCCUCGCUCUCUGAUUCGCUCAGCCAGUGACAACGCUCUGGAGAGCCCCGCCUCCUCUCCUGGCCCCUCCCUCCAAAGCCUGGAAACACACCACGACACGCACACACACUCACUACGACGACACACACGCCGCCUCAGCCCCAGCGGCGGUGGCGGCCAUGUUGAGACCAGCCCGCCCUCCUCCCCUCCCCUCACCCCUCAGAUGAGGAAGAGGAGGCUGUACAGCGCCGUGCCGGGUCGCACCUUCAUCGCCACGCGCUCCCACGUGCCCCAGGGGACGGGAGAGAUCCAGCUGCACCGAGGAGAGAGGGUCAAAGUUCUGUCUAUAGGUGAAGGAGGGUUCUGGGAGGGAAGCGUUAAAGGAAGAACCGGGUGGUUUCCUGCCGACUGUGUGGAGGAAGUCCAGAUGAGACAGUACGACCCGCGACUGGAGACGAGGGAGGACCGCACCAAGAGACUGUUCAGACACUACACUGUAGGGUCCUACGACAACUACACCUCCUACAGCGACUAUGUGAUCGAGGAGAAGACGGCCGUGCUGCAGAAGAGAGAGAGCGAGGGAUUUGGCUUCGUCCUCAGAGGAGCUAAAGCCGAGACCCCCAUUGAGGAGUUUGCCCCCACCCCGGCGUUCCCCGCCCUGCAGUACCUGGAGUCAGUCGACCAGGGGGGCGUGGCCUGGAGGGCGGGGCUACGGACUGGAGAUUUCCUCAUAGAGGUGAACGGCGCCGACGUGGUGAAGGUGGGACACCGGCAGGUCGUGUCUCUGAUCCGUCAGGGAGGAAGUCGGCUGCUGAUGAAGGUCGUCUCUGUUUCCAGAAAAUCAGAAUCCAACCUGAUCAGGAAGAAAGCUCCGCCCCCUCCAAAACGAGCACCCAGCACCUCGUUGACUCUCAGGUCCAAGUCCAUGACGGCUGACCUGGAGGAGAUAGCCAGGAGGAGACGCAUCGAGAAACUGGAUGAGAUGUUGGCCGUGGGUCAACAGGAAGUCGUGCUGAGGGCGCGUCCGGCAGACGACUUCAGAGCGGCGACGGUGAAACAGAGACCGACCAGCCGACGCAUCACACAGGCCGAGAUCAAUUCCUUGUUCGAGCGUCAGGGUCUGGUUCCGCCCACAGCACCAGAGAAGAGCACCAUGGCUUUACCCCGAGGAAUGUCCAGAACCAAGAGCUUUGGCACACCUGAGGACGACAGGAUCUCGGCUCUGAUCAAUGAGAGUCGGUUUCCACGGAGCUCCUCGCUGACGGACAGCUUCAUCCCUCCUCCUCCUCAGCAAGCUCCGCCUCCUCCUCCAUCUGCCUCCUCCACCUCCACCUCCCCGCUCUUCCUCCUCGACUCCGGCCCGCCACCUUCCUUCCUCCCCCCUCCUCCCCCGGCUAGAGGGGAGGGGCUGACCCGGUCCAGCUUUAAACCAGGGGCGGAGCCGAGGCUCCAGGAGCUCUCUGAUUCGCCAUCGAGGAGCCACGCCCACGCUGAGCGUCAGAGGAAGGCGAGGUCGAUGAUCAUCCUGCAGGACACGCCGCCGCCGCUGCAGCCUGACGCACAUGCCGCCGCCACGCACACGCUGCACACCGCCACGCACACUGCAACACACACGCUUCACACCGCAACACACACCUCCACGCUCUCUCUCCACAGCACCAGCCCCGCCCUCGGGCACUCACCGCUGUCACGCCGCCGGGGACGACCAAUAGAAAACCCUUACGCUAACGUGGGACAGCAGGCCGCGCCUUCCAAGCCGCAGAGGAGGAAGUCACCUUUGUUGAAACAACUUCCUGUUGAGGAGCAGGGUCUCGGAAUGAAAGAUCACGAUCCGACCAAACUGGAGCUGCCCGGCAGCCCCAGCAGGGCGGAGCUGUACCAGCAGCAGGUUCUGUCAGAGCGGGCUCGGGUUCAGGGCCGCAGGUCGUCUCUCUUCCUGUCUGUGGAGGGAUCCGGCUCUGAGAACCAGGUGCCCCCCCUCCUCACUCAGAGCCAUUCGAUGGACGACCUCGGAGAGCUUCCUCCUCCGGCGCCGGUCCUGUCGCCCUCACCGACACCGCACACCUUCCUCCACCCGCUGACGGGGAAACCUCUGGACCCGUCCUCUCCACUCGCCCUGGCUCUCGCUGCACGAGAACGAGCGCUCACCGCUCGCACGCCGAGCCCAGAGCCUCGAAUGAAACACGCCUCUGCCUCCACCACGCCCAUCCCCACCCCGGCUGCCAGCCCAGAGGGCAGACACAAGCGCACCCCUAUCACCACCCCGCAGAGCAGCCCCGAGCCACGGUCCAAGCGCACCACCCCUCAGACGAGUCCUGAGCAGCGAACCAAGCGCACCACUCCCCAGACCAGCCCCGAGCUGAGGCAUAAACGCAUGACUCCGCCCUUGUUCCCUGAUGGACAGGUGGAGCGGCCAGAAACAGAGGGAGGAGUGACCUCACCUGCAGGCCCCUCCCCUGAGCGCUGGAAACCCACCCCCCUGCCAACGCUGUCCAAUGAGACUCACGCUCUGAUUGACAGGCGCAGGAGCCUCACAGUGGGCAGUUCGGAGGAGGAGGGCGGGGCUUACACAGUUACACUCCCACCGGCCUUGUUGUCAUCCAGUGACGAGGAGACGAGGGAGGAGCUUCGCAGAAUUGGCUUGGUAACUCCACCCCCUGCUUUUGCCGCUUCUCCUGCCCCUCCUCCCCCAUCCUCCCUCACCUUGUUGCCACGGCGAGGUGGGGAAGGAGGAGGAGGAGGAGGAAGUGGUCCUGAUUCUUUAGGCAGACAAGGAGAUGAGGAGGAAGGAGGUAACGAGCGGCUCCACGACAGCUCCUCCUCCCCCAGCUCGCUCCCUCCCUCCAUCACCUUGGCCUCCCCUCCCGCUCCACCUUCCCCCUCCUCCCCUCCUGCUGCUCAUCCUUCCCCCUCCUCCCCCGCCACCUCCCCAAUAGCUCUGAAGCCGCGCCUCCGUUCACCCAUCGGUCGGGGCCGCUCCUCUCUCCGGGACCCGUUACUGAAGCAAUCAUCCGACAGUGAGCUCCUCCCGUCUGCUGCGUCCUCCUCCUCCCCCUCCUCCCCACUCUGCUCCUCCCCGACCAGCGGAGGUGGCCGACAGCCGCGCUACCUGUUCCAGAGGAGGUCCAAGCUGUGGGGGGGCGGGGACGACCGGGAGGAGCGGCGAGGCCUCAGCCCAGAUGAAGGGGGAGGCCGUCCGGCGGCACUGGGCGGUCAGGGAUCCGGGUCAGCCGUGGAUCUGACCAGCCGCUCGGCGUCGGCUCUGGAGCUGAGCGGCCGGGCCGGUUCUGGACUGGAUCUCGCUAACCGGCUACAGCUGCUCAACAAAGACAGUCACUCUCUGGGGGAGGAGCCAAGUCCCCUCGACCCGGGCAGGAGGUCACCUGUAGGAGGUGCCAGAUGUUUGGACAGUGGAGUGACUAAAUCGUUGUUCUCCAGUCUCGGUGAACUCCACACCAUCUCCCAGCGAGGAUACGGCGCCAGUUACACCGUCAGACCAGGAAGCCGCUACCCCGUCACCCGCCGGAGCCCCUCCCCCUCUCCCUCCCCAUCUGAUAGGUCAAUAGGGAUUUCCUCCCCCUCUGAACGGCCGGACCUGAGCUCGGGUCGCGGCCUCACCAUCCUGAAGUCGUCCAGUCUCAGUCUCCCCUCAGAACCAAAGGAGGUUCGCUUUGUGAUGCGAAGCGCCAGUGCACGAACCAGGUCCCGCUCGCCCUCCCCUUCACCCCACGCCUCCCCCUGCCCCUCCCCGGUCCUCAGCGGGCCCCUGCUGGCCCUGAGGCCUUGGAGGCAGCGGCCCCUCAACUUGUGGAAUAAAUACGACGUGGGGGACUGGCUGGAGAGCGUGGGCCUGGCCGAACACCGCCAGCGCUUCCAGGAGCACGAGAUCGAAGGCUCCCACCUCCCGGCGCUCACCAAAGACGACUACGUGGAGCUGGGCGUCACCAGACUGGGACACCGGAUCAACAUCGAGAGGGCGCUCAGACAGCUGCUGGAUGGUUCUACUUGACCCCUCAUCUCUGAUCAUCAACCUCUAGACAUCCUGAACUGUGACCUCAUAACCCCUGACCUCGGGUCAGACACUAGGCCAUCUCUUUGACUAGGAUAUCUUAGCAGUGACUGAAUCUUUAGACCUUUUUACCAACACUGAGCCCAGAUCUCUGAGUGACGUCAUCACGUUUUGUCUGGUCGGCUCUUCGAUCGGCCUCGAAGGACUCGUAGCUCCAGCGUCUGUGUCCAGCGUUCGUUAAAGACUCCAAGAUUUAGUCUGACCUCAGUCGUCUCACACCUCGUGUGUUCACGCCGGAUAAAUAAAGACAACGGAUGAUCCACAGUCAUCAUUUUUAAGGUUCCUGGUAAGAGUCUGCUAGACAGGAUGAAGCCAAAUUCUCCAGCAUUUUGAUCUAAAAGUACAGAAAUAUUAUCACAAACCUUCAAAUGUUUGAUUCACAACAUAUUGUCCCUCUUCAGAAGCUCAAAGAUGGAGCGCUGAAUAUUGAACAGCUGCUAUUUUGAAAAGAAAAUGCACGCAGAGCCGUCACAGCAAAACGCGCUGAUAUUCAGGAAGUUACUAAAUGUUAAUUAUCCUGAAGUAGCGACAUCACACAUCGCGUUAACAAACUCGGGUCACUCGAUUUCCCAGAACACCAGCUCGCCAGUUUAGCAAUACUUAAACUUUCAAGCAGGAGAAAAAUGGCGAGCUGCCCAGGACCCGAGAGAACAGCUGAUAAUAAUAUCGCGUAUCGUAAUAUCUGGGCAGGACAACAUUACAAUUAGCCUGAUUAAGACACAAGCUAAUUAUAAUGUUUGAUAAUCUGUUAGCAGUGACUCGUUGGAAGGUUUGCCUGUAAAAAGACAUAAAAAUAAUCUGUUCAGUGGAGUUUAUUAAAAAGUGUUGGCGCCUUAAAAUGUUCCCUUCAGUCUGUAACGUCCUGUUUAAGCUAGCAUACUGCUGCGUAACGUAGCCGUUAGCCGCUUCGCACGGUGUUCUGCAGCGCUACGUUAGCAUAUAGCAUCCUGGACACAGAGCGUUGCUGCCAGUCUGAACAGGUGAUGGGACAUCGAUCGAACAGCUGAUCAGACAAACGAUGAUGAUCCAACGAGACGGGUCGUUUCCUUCGUGCCAUUCUGCUUCCCCAGACGAGUUUAGCUGGACUUUUUGCGAGCGGCGCUGGACGAUUAGCGAGCUAGCUUAACAACCGGAGAUUAGCUGAGGAUGUUUCUGUCCUUUCACAGAAAAGUUUCUUGUGACUUCUUUCUUUUUUUUGUUUGUUUUGUUUUGUUUUUUCCAAAUAUCACUCAUGAAGAAUUUGUGUUUCUUUUUGAGUUCGUUAUCUUAAUACCGAUCAUUUAGAGUUUAUGAAUAACAAGUAAUAAUAACGUGGUGGUGAUGACUUACAGAGUUUAUAAUAGUUUGGACAAUGAUUUUUGAGUUCCUUAUGAUUUGACAAUGAGUUGAAUUUCCAGGUCGUUUCGGUGAUGUGUUGGAAUUCAUGAUGAUUUGUCAAUGAGUGUGACCUUGUGCUGAUGUGCUGUGUUUCAGGGAGAGCUGCAGCAGAGCUCCAACUGUAAACCUCUCUGGUUUCUAACCUGCGUACUGAGGGCUCACUGUACAUGGUGCUAUCUGUUUAAAGCCAUCUGUACAGACGAAACCUUCCUCCCUCCCCUCUACACCUCCCACACACCGACACCUGAUCGAUUAGGUUCACCCUGCUAACGUAACUCCCCCGAUAAUCAAUCAAGUGUGGCUGUGCCUGCCAUCGCUCUCCAGGAACAGGCCAUAUAUGGAGUGUCCUCGCUGCCAUAUUGGGGAUUUCUUCCCUGCCAUAUGUGGAGUUUCCUCCAGACCAUAUAUAGAUCUAUAGAGUUUGUACAGAGUUUAAAACGGGACAUUAAAGUUUUACUGGACGUUCACGUGAAGCCGGACAAUUUGUUUUUACGAUCUGAGAUGCGGUCGUACUGAAACUCAUUCUGAAUUAAUCUGACGUGUUUCUGCCUUAAAACGUCUCAGAUAUUUUGAUUUGUUUGAACUUUGACUUUAGUCGGAGCUCCAGGUGCCACUCAACAUUUUCACUGGUCGCACCUGAAAUUUAGAAGUUCACCUUUUAAACAGUUGAGGUUGUUUCUACGGAAGCCCCGAGGGACAAGUGAAGAUUUAUGACAUUUAUAUGGUGAAACAUUUUCUGAGUUUCUGAAUCUAAAUCGUUUUCUCUCAUGAGAGCUGGAGCUGAACAAUCUUUUCAUGUUCCUUCAGUUUUUUCUUAAUUUAAUAUGUGAAAAAAAGAAAACAUUUGUGGAAAACAGAGUUAAAACAUUAAAAAGGAGAAUUCAUUUUAGUUUUUUUUAGGAAGAUUUUUUUUUUCAACUCGGUUUGACACAAAAAAUUAUUUUACUUGAGAGUAAAAACAUUUAAGAGUUUUUUCUCCACUUGCUUUCACACAGAAACCAACAAAAUUCCUUCAUUUUUAUCAGUUUUAACACAUGAACAACUUUUAUUGAAACAUUUGUAAAAACAGGUGAAAAUGUUUUUUUCACAGGAGAAUUCAUUUUAUUUUUAUUUGUGUUCAUCUGUGAAACAAAGAGAAGAAAUUCAGUUUCUUUAUCUUCAGGAAUAUUUUUUCACCUGUUUCCACAAAUGUUUCAAUAAAAUUCUUUCAUGUGUGAAACUGAUUUUACUCCAAAGUUAAAUUAUUUUUUGUGAGAAACAGAGUUCAAACAAAUAAACAAUUCUCAUUUUUAAUGUUUUAAUUAAAAGUUCCUGAUUUUUUUUCUACAUGUGAGAAACAUUUUUUAGAGAAACUCAAAUUAAUUUUUUUCACAUUUUCCUAGAAAACAAUUAGAUCACCAGAAAAACAGUCUUCACCUGAGAGAUGACCUGAUCGACGUCAUCGUUCAGUCAAUAAACAUGAAGUCAGUUUCAUUCAAACAGCCCGAAGUUAAAAACCACGUCUGCCUCGACAGACGCGUCUCACCUUCUUCACCUGAAGGAGUAAAGACUUCUCAAAUAUCCGGUCCGACCGCAUUAUUAACAACAUUAUUGGGCAAAAUUCUUUAAAAACGUCGCUCCUUCGUCCGUCUGAUGCAGAGACAAGUCCAGGAUGUGUUAGCCUAGCUUAGCACAACGACUGGAAGUGGAUGGCAACUGUUAGCCUGGAGGUGUAAAAAUACACCUUCCAACAGGGAAGCUGUCUGAUUUACAUGCUGGAUCUUGUUUGCUGGCGAGCUGAACGCGGUUCGAACCCAUCACGAGGACGAUGCUAACCGCUGCUAAAGCUAACGUGUCUCCAGACGACUCUGAAGGUGGAAAGUGUUUUUAUUUAUGUAUUCAAACUUUUUCCUCUGAAUAUAAGUCAGGAAGCCGAGUUAAUAGCGAGCGGUCGACUCUGGAGGGAAUAGUUUGCCGUCGCUGCUACAGCUCCCUCUCUCAGUUUUAACUUCCUUCAGUGAACUUGUUUCUGAUCCGAUCUGAUCCACCCGCCAUGUUUCCCGUCCUCUCCUCUCUGAUUCCCCUCUGAAGCACAAUCAACGUUACAGUGCCUGUUUCCACGACGACAAACGUUCUGCGUUUAUCCAGCUUUUCUCAGACUUCUGCACCCGAACACGAGCCGAGUCACAAUCACGAAUCCCAAAGUUGUAAAGUUCACGGCGCCCUCCGACGGGAGCGAGUCUCAGAGCACAGAGGUGUAGAAUGUAAAGUCUAUGUACAGCACAUGACAGUAGACUCUAUAGUCUGUAUAAUAUAUAUUACCAUAGAAUGAUGUAGCUAUAGUGUAACAUGUAAAGUAUAGUAGACAAUAAAAUGUAAAAAGUCAUAUUUUGGUAGACUGUAGUCUAUAAAGUCUUUAUCCACGUGUGAUAUUCAGUCUGUGAGCAGCUACGCGUCACAGUGAAGAACAGUUCAGCACAAAAUGAACAAAGAUCAUGAUGUUCGGUCCAACUCGUCCUGGUACCGGCGCCGGGCGGGCUGAAGCUCACAGUCUAAUUCAGCUCGUUCACGUUUUGGACACAUUCAGUGUUUCGGCAGCGUUGAAGCUCGACGUCGAGAUCGCAGCAUGAUGUCGGCGUUCAGUCGUUGUGAUCCACCGUGACAUCACGAGCCUCGCCUCCACUGGUACAGAACCACAGAUAUCGGAUCAGCCGGUAGACAAAGUGCUUACAGAUGCCUUCAGCUGCACAGAGGUCACAUCCACAAACAUGACUCUGGUAGAGGAAGUGUGUGUGUGGCUGUCAGCACCGAGUGAAUAUCACGUGUCACAUAUAUACUGUAUGUAUAGUAUAUAUAUUAUAAUGGACUAUAGUCUACUGUACAGUCCU